UAAAAACACAAUCUGGAAUACAAAUAGAUUAGCACGCUGUUUUAAAUCAUUUUUGGACAAAAGCUGCCAUGCAUCGUUAUAUCAAACAUUUUCUCAGCAUCUGUGUUUUGUUCACCUGCAUCGCCACAUUGGCAUAUCAAAUAAUCCACAGUAGACAGGCAUUCAACCCAAAUCAAGAACAUGGCUGGUUUGUAAUUUCAUUAUUGUGCAUAUUUCACGUCCUGUGGUUGAAUACCUGGAUUUUUACCUGUGUAAAUAUAGCAGGGUUGAUAUGUUUCAACAACUUUCCGGAUAAACCAGUCCUAAAACAAUCCCUUAGAAAUUCUGCACUUGAGAGAUGUAUGUGUUUCCGUGUUGUGACUCGAGGGACGUAUCCACAACUCGUUAAAACGAACAUACAGAGGAAUAUAAAACAAUGUACGGAAUUCGGACUUUCUAAUUAUGUAUUUGAAGUGGUCACCGAUAAAUUAAUUGGAAUAAAAGAGGGUCUGAACGUGCGGGAAGUUGUUGUUCCUGACAGUUAUCAAACCAAACAUGGAUCUCGAUAUAAAGCGCGUGCAUUACAGUAUUGUUUAGAAGAAGGAGUAAAUAUAUUGAGUGAUAAUGAUUGGAUAAUACAUUUAGAUGAAGAAACAUUAAUUACCGAAAGCAGUUUAAUUGGUGUGAUUAAUUUUAUAAAUGACGGUCAAUAUGAAUUUGGUCAAGGUGUCAUUACCUACGCUAACGAGGAAAUUGUUUGUUGGAUAGCAACAUUAGCAGAUUCUGUUCGCGUCGGGGUUGAUUAUGGCAUGCUGCGGUUUUCGCUAGGAAUAUUACAUCGCCCAAUGUGCAAUUGGAAGGGAUCAUUCAUUGUCGCCAAUGCCGGUGCAGAAAGAAGCGUCUCUUUUGAUUUUGGACCCGAAGGCAGUAUUACCGAAGAUUGUUAUUUCGGCAUGAAAGCGUGGGAAAAGGGAUACAGAUUUAACUUUAUCGAAGGCGAGAUGUGGGAGAAAAGUACUUUUUCAAUCAUGGAUUAUAUUCGACAGAGAAGGCGGUGGGUGUUAGGAAUUAGUCGCGUAUUUCUCAGCCCUAAUAUCAAAUUUCCAUACAGAUGGACAAUGGGUGUGUUAACCGUAUCCCAGCUAAGCCUACCAAUAAUACUCUUAGGCCUGUGUGCUAGAAUCCCUCUCCAUCCAACCAUUCAUGUCAUAGUGGGGUCCAGUCAAAGCGCAGUGAUAUAUUUUUUAUUUGUUUUUGGUAGUAUGAAAUCCUUCUCAAACCGCCGUCCGGGUUGGUGCUUUUAUCUGUUUUUAUGCCUAAUUAUGUGUCCUGUUGUAUUAAUCGUAGGUAUUUUGGAAAUGUCUGCAACAUACUGGGCGGUAUUUUCUCAAUCGCAAACAGGAUUUCAUAUCGUUGACAAAGGUAUAACAGAAAAACCGGACACUGUUCAUAUUGUUUAAAGGAGAUAAAUCGAUAAUAUUGGGAACUAGAAAUUGACACAAAUUGGUCGCAACGCAUAAAAUAUUAUAUAUUUACUUGUAAAUAAUGUUUUAGUGGAAUUUGACCUGUAACCGCACAUUACGUCAUUGUUUCUUGCUGCCGCCAAUCCUCGUUCUCAACUCAACGCCACCACGAUUUCUCGUAUUGCUUGCAACUCGCCAUGUGCAAGGCCUGCUUAGAACUUUUCUUAAAUUUCUUCUGAUUACAGUCAUGUCAAAAAAUGACAGUAGACCUAGGCGUAGUGACAAAUGGAAUGAAGUGAAAUGAAAUGGGGGUUAACGUCCUACUGUUCUGCUCCUAUACUGGGCUAAUGAAGACGGGCAUACGCCAUAGGCCUACAGUGUGCUAUGAUGAGGGAAAUUUUGCCCGGGCAGCGGCACUAUCGCCUACUCUUAUAUCGAAUUCCAACUGCCAAGGGAUCUUUUACGUGCAUUCCAAUGUAUACACGAGACCUCGGUUUUUCGUAUCAUCCGAAGGAUUAGACAGCUGUCCUUGUCAGGCCCUCCGUUCUCGGGUUUUUCGCGAUACAGGUCUUUUGCUUUUCUAGAGACUAUUUUCUACCGUGCCCAACACUCGGAAAGCUUUUAAUAAUUGGAAACCCAGUGGGCGUAGAUUUAAAGGACCUUUCCUUCCGGAGGGUGGUAAAAUCUGGAGAAACUUCAAUUACAACUCAUGUUACAAUCUUGACUGUAAACUCAUGCUCCAUUGUAAUAUUUGCUUGUCAAUUAAACCUUUUGAGAAUGGGAAUUACUAUAUUAACGACAUCCGGCCUACUAUUGUGUGUUAUUAGGGGCUAUUCCGAAAGGUAACGGCGAUACCCGCAUUAUUCACGACCCCUCAAUUCCUAUACCUCAAAUACAAGUUGUGAAUAUAUGGAUCUCCGACAUGCCUUAAAAUUCAUCAAACCGGAUGACUAUCUUGCGAAGGUGGACUUAAAGAGUGAAGUGUCACAGGUCUGAUUUUCCUAUGACAGGUUUUCAGUGGACUUUCUCUGGAGGAAAUAAACCAACAUCUUUUUGAUCGAAAGUUAGGCCUACCUUUCGGGCAU